UUGAUAGUUGCACUUGCACUCUUACCCCUUUCCUCUUUUUAUUGGGACAAUUGACCUAUGCUACCACACCUGCUAUAACAAAGAGGAAGAGAGCAUAAAGCAAACACGCACCAACACACACACAGGAGGAUAUCUCAUUACCAUGCUCCUGAUAGUGCAGCCAGUGGGUGUUGCAAGAGGAGGAGGCAAUGAGAGCUAGACAGCGAGAGAGAGGACAGGCACAAAAGCACAGGCUAUAUUGUUGAGAAGACGAACAGUGAGCUACGUACCAGGAACAUCCAUGCAGGAGCCACAGUGAAAACAGGGAACAGAAGCGUGUGUGUGUACAGCACAGUGACAGCUGGGGAAAGGCAGGAGCACCAGCCUACGUGUGUCCACGGUUCUCCUGAGGCCGUGGCAAUCAGAACCAUGGCAUCAGAACCGAGUGCCCAGUGCAGGGUGAUGUUUCAGACCACAGACAAAACAGAGGAGCCGGCACAUCGUAAACUGGGCAAGCUGACAGUAAAAUACAACCGCAAAGACCUCCAGAGGAGACUGGACAUUGAGGAGUGGAUUGAUGACCAACUACACCUGCUUUUUGAUUGUGAGGAAGAGGAAAUGCCAGAGUUAGAGAUUGACAUAGAUGAACUACUGGAGCUUUCAGACGAGGGGCAGAGGACUAGAUUGGAGGAGUUGUUGCAAGAAUGUGGAAAGCCAAAAGAAGAUUUUAUCACCGGGCUACUCUACAGGAUAAAGGGUCUACGCAAAAUGUCUGGGCCUUUGAAGAAAUAAUUUUAGGUCAAAUUAUGAGUGAAUACAAUGUGGAGCUUUUGAUCUUCCCCCAUCUCCCUCACUAUGCUGGAUGCCUAUAAAGAAGACUUAAAAUAACAACGGGACUAUUUAUGUUGGCUACAAGUCCUUUUUUCAAUAAACACUAAUUCCUUUUUGUACUUAUGUUAAAAGACUGCAACAUUUUACAUUCACAAUAAUAAUGUACAUGUGAAAAGAUGCACCAACUAUACAUUGUUUGACAGUUUUGUGUACAAUUUCAGUAGUUUAUUUAUGU